UAAAGGGAUUAUCAUCUUUUCUCAUUUUUUUCCCUCAGUUUUUAAUGUGUUUUUGUGUUUGUUUGUUUUGCUUUGUGUGUGUCAGGCUGGUUUUCGAUUACAGCCAAUCAUGGUGUUGAGAGGGAGAUGAUAUGGAUGUUGUCCUCACUGUGCAGACAAUCUUCACGUAUAUGCUCACAUAACACCAGGAGUAAAUUAGUCAAUGCCCUGGAGAGAACAGGGAUUGUAUCCUGUGUCUGUUUAUUGUCUACGGCUGAGCUACUCUCGUGCUGGAUCCAGAGAACACCGGUUACAUCGCAGUGGAGAACUUCACCAGCCUGGUGGAGCACCAUGAGCUGCAGCUGGACCCCUCCAAACUGGACAUGCUGUUAGCGCUGGUGCAGAGCAAUGAGGAGGGCCAAGUGUGCUACCAAGAGCUCAUAGAGCUUAUGAGCAGCAAGCGCUCCAGCAGUUUCCGACGAGCCAUCGCCAAUGGCCGCCGCACGCUGCAGAGGGAGAUCCUGUUGGACGAGACGGGCCUGGGCCUCUAUAAGCGCUUUGUCCGCUACGUGGCCUAUGAGAUCCUGCCCUGCGAGACGGACCGCCGCUGGUACUUCCACCAGAACCGCCUGUGUCCGCCGCCCGUCUUCAUCGCCGUCGUCACCAUCGUCCAGAUCAUCGUGUUCAUGUGCUAUGGCAUCAUGCUAAACAAGUGGGUGCUGCAGACCUACCAGCCUGACUUCAUGAAGAGCCCCCUGGUGUACCACCCAGGCCACCGCGCUCAAGUGUGGCGCUUCUUCAGCUACAUGUUCAUGCACGUCGGCUUGGAGCAGCUGGGCUUCAAUGCUUUACUGCAGCUGAUGAUUGGUGUUCCUUUGGAGAUGGUCCACGGCGUCUUACGAAUUAGUCUGCUUUAUAUGGCGGGAGUGCUGGCUGGCUCACUGACAGUGUCCAUCACCGACAUGCGUGCUCCAGUGGUGGGGGGCUCCGGCGGGGUCUACGCUCUUUGCUCGGCACAUUUGGCCAACGUCGUCAUGAACUGGGCUGGGAUGAGGUGUCCAUACAAGCUGCUCCGCAUGAUCCUGGCACUAGUUUGCAUGAGCUCGGAGGUGGGCCGAGCAGUCUGGCUGCGCUUCUCCCCACCUCUGCCUUCCUCCGGGCCCCAGCCCAGCUUCAUGGCCCACCUGUCGGGCGCCGUGGUGGGUAUCAGUAUGGGGCUCCUCAUCUUACGCAGCUACGAGGAGAGCCUGCAGAAGCAGUGCUCCUGGUGGGUCAUCGUCUUCUCCUUCAUCACCUUCCUCCUCUUCGCCAUCUUUUGGAAUAUCUUCGCCUACGAUCUAUUGGGCGUGCAGAUCCCCCCUCCUCCCUGAUGACGGACUUCAAACAGGUUUUCCCCUAUUAUUUUACCCAUCGGAGAUGAAAUCCAUCACAGCCCAGUUGUUUUUGUACAGAUACUUUGCAAAAGGAAGAAAUAAGUCUCUUUUAUUAAAGAGGGUAGCAACAAGUGCAAGUUUUUCCAGAUCCAUUUUGACAAGCUUCUUUAUCUUUUUUGGACACAGCGUGCUAAUACUGUCUCAACAUUUCGCUGCUGUGCUUCAUCAAAAGCUUUCAUUUCUUGACGCGUGCCUCUGGUGAAACAAACGAGCAACAAAACAAAAAAAAGCACAUUUUUUUUCCCUCAUGUUUGGUAAGCGAUUCAAACGUCUUUUUUUUUGUUUGUUUUGGUCUAUCCUCAAGAUAUCUGCUUUGAACCAACACUGUGCAUUCAAAAAACACGGCUCACGUUGUGGCAAGAUGUACAUUUGAGAUAUGGAAGUAACCAUGGCAACGGGGGACGAGGGAUAACAAAGCCAACGACACUGGUGAGGUCAUCGCUUCAAUGAGUGGAAUCCACUUUUUGCUGUGUAAAUUAUGCCGCACGUGUAUACGAAGUAGCCCAAAAUGAUUUAUACCCUGGACAAGAGUGAAAUAUUUACUUACAUACUAAGAAAGUGUUCAGUAGUUUUUAAAUCUACUUCUUCUUAUAAUGGAAACUAAACCGAAUAUUUUGAAUAUAUUUAGUUGUCAUACCAUAAAUUAAUUAUCAUAAUAUAACAUAUUAUUGAUUAUUUUAUAUUAAUAUUUGUAAUUUAUUUAUUAUAAUAUCAUUUUAUUUCAAUAUAAUUAUAUUGUUUAAUUUAAUUAUAUUCAUUAUGGGUUAAAAUUA